GCAUUUAUUCUUUCUUUCUUUCUUUCUUCCUCUUUUCAACAAGAUUUCAUAUUUUAAAAAAAAUUCAUUUUUCACUAGUUUACCUGGUGUGUAAUACAGAUCUCCUUGACAUGUUGUUUACAAACCGGAAAAGUGGGCCAGAUUUCCUGCUAUGGCCAUUGAUUCCUUUGUUAUUGGUCAUGUCACAGACAGUGACGGGUAACACCUGUGGAACUAGUUCUACGUUGGGUAUCACCAAACCAUUUGAAGCACACAUAGAGGGAACUUUCACCGACAAAAGCACCAGCAUCUUAAUAAAGGAAUAUUUCCAACCGACUGGAAGUGUAGAUAAUGUUGAAUUAGGUGCUGUUGUCCAGACAUUCAAUGGUGAAAAGAUACAAGCCAUAUUGAACUACACGAGCAGUGAGCUUUUCUACAUUGCAGAUGAUGUAUGCACUGUAGCACAGGGAAUUCCUAGGUUUACCAAUCUGCUGCCAGACAAUCGAAGCAAUGUGGAGAAUGCUUUUAUUUAUUCAACCAAAGACAUACUUAGGAUGUUACAAGACACUGUAUGUGUUUCUCUACCAAAUGGCACAGUAAGAGGUAUUGAAGCUGAGCAUUUUCACGGUAAACUUGAAGACAACGUCCAGUUCCAAGAUGUUGUAGUAGAUAUUUACAUCUCAAGAGACAACUGGACGACGGCGAAUGAUUACACAAAGCCUGAGCCUCUCCGAAUAGAAUUCUGUGGGAAGGUGAAAUCUUCUGGUAAAACGUUUUGCAAUUAUUUUGAUUAUUUUUAUUUCAACUACGACCCCAACUUCACAUUCAAAGAACGAGAGAGCGUUUUUGAGAUCCCACCAGGAGUCUACUGCACUGGAAGGAAAACCGAGUCCGAUAUACCAUAUUUGCCUCUCGAAUAUUUUGUUACUAUAGAGUUUGUUGACCCAGCUGAAAAUUCAGUAAAGAUCUCCAAGUUAUGGGUUUCUGAAAAAUACCAGAUGGUACGUCGGGAUUUCCAUCCUAUUUCUUAUGCCGAUGCCGGUCAUCCAGUUACCGAAAUCUAUAAUUACCUAACCGGUACGGUGUACACCAGGGACAACCUCAUGUUAAACUGUUCCUACAAUACACUCCAAAACGCUGACACCAACGACGAUGACAUCUUGCAGCACAUUCUGGAUGUGAUGAAUGGCAAGGCUACUCGCAUGGUGGACACAUUGCAGAUCCUCCAGCUGGACAGAGAGAACACUUUUUAUAAUGGACAACGUUCUUUGAGAAAUGUCGUGUGUGAUGUUUUUAUAUCGAUGAAGACAAUCCAAACAGAUUCGGGAGCAAGUAAAAACGUUACGUUUGAGUAUUAUUUCAUGACAAAUGACUGGAAGUUGAUUCCUGAUAGGGGUGGGCCUGAAAGUGUCAUCACACAAAUUCCAAUGAUGCUGGAGAUUUCCUACAGCCAUAAGGGACAUAAGAGGAAUUUCUUCUAUAAUUUCUUUGACUUCUCCGAUGUUGUCAGUUACAAAGAUUUCGAUACGUCUGCCUGUUACAAUCAAACCAGAGAAAUAGUGUUCAAGAUUGCAUUUAAAGGCCAAUAUAUACCAUCGUUAAUAAAUGCUUUUGAGAAGAAAGCACACAGUCAAAUAGCUGACUAUGGUAAAGUUAAUCCUUUCAGAGUACAAAACAUGCACUUGACAUAUGAUGAUGAUUAUGUGUUUGUUUUUGCCAGUAUAAUUGAUCCGGCUCCCCCAGAGACUUUAUUCACACUGCAUGAAAAUAAAAUGAUAAAAUCUAAAACAAAUCGAAAUCUAAUGUUCAAAAAAAUGACAUUGAAUCUGUGUGCAGUGAAUUGUGUCGAGUAUAGUGGCUGUUAUGGAUUCGAACUAACGGCAGAUGGUGUGUGCACUAUAACUACUAUGGUGUUCUCCGAGCAAAAGAGUGACAGUCAGUUGCAAGAUAGCCAAGGAACCAACUUUUAUGCCAGAACCAUAAUGCACCACAUAAAAUGGGAAAGUAAUUCCAAUGUAUGGAAUAAACUAUUUUCUAGUGUUUAUAACAGAAUUUGGAUUUUUACCUGAUUGAACCAACUACCCAAAAGAAAUAUGAAUACACAUCAUACCACAUAGAACUAUUAACAGGUGAUGUCAGUGACAUUUCCAUACCAAUAUUUGAAGACCAGGUGUAUUACCAUGAAGAAAUAACAUUGCCUGUUUACGAAGAAACUGCUUAUCAUGAAGUUUGGUACGACAGUCGACGCAAUUUGAUGCGUAUA